CAGGGAACCGAGUGGCUCUGCGCGUUUCUUUUUUUUUUUUCUCCUCUUCUUCCACGAAAGCCCUUUCGCCAUCAGUCUGAGAGCUGGGCUUGAGGGGGAGAGGAUCUGAAGGGGCCCAGUCUGGCUGUCAGAGGCAUCUUUACACUCGCACACAUGGCGCUGUAGUAUAAAGCACACCUUCACUCGUGGACUGUGGAAGGGACAGCGUUUUCAUUUAAAAUUUAAAAAAGAGGAAAAGAAAAAGAAGCAUCCCCCGUUUUCUGCAGCGCUAAACCAUGGAGAUGCACAGAUGGACCACCAGGUGGAAAACGAAAAGGUGGCUAUGGGACUCGACGCUGACCGCCUUGGUUACACUCAUUUUCCUUCUACAAGCGGCCCAAGUCCGAGCAGCUGAACCGGUGGACGUACUGAAGGCGCUGGACUUUCACAGCUCUCCCGAAGGAGUUCGGAAAACAGCGGGCUUCUGCACAGCCAGGAGGGGAUCCAAACCCGACGUUGCUUACCGAGUGGGAAAACAGGCCCAGAUCAGUGCUCCCACCAAGCAGCUCUUCCCAGGGGGAGUUUUCCCAGAAGAUUUCUCCAUCCUGUUUACCAUCAAGCCCAAGGCUGGCCUCCAGUCCUUCCUGCUGUCCGUGUACAACAAGCAAGGCAUCCAGCAGCUCGGCGUGGAGGUGGGCCGUGCCCCCGUCUUCCUGUUCGAGGACCAGCAUGGCAAGCCCGCCCCAGAGGACUACCCCUUCUUCCGCUCCAUCAACCUUGCUGACGGAAAAUGGCAUCGCGUUGCUAUCAGCGUGGAGAAGAAGAGUGUCACCAUCAUUGUGGACUGUAAGAAGAAGGUGACCAGGCCCCUCGGCAGAAGCGACCAGGCCGUCAUCAACACAGAGGGCAUUACUGUCUUUGGCACCAGGAUCCUGGAUGAGGAGGUCUUUGAGGGUGACAUCCAGCAGCUUCUGAUUGUGGCAGACCCCAGGGCAGCCUUUGACUACUGUGAACACUACAGCCCUGACUGUGAAACCCCCAACCACCACGACACCCCACAGGCUCAGGAACCUGAGGAAGAGUACACUAACUAUGAAUAUGGUGAGUUCUAUGACUACAGUGAAGGCCAGGUAACCACUGACGCUCCCCCAACUGAAGGAGCCAAGACUGAGACUAAAGUGGGUGGAGACUACUACACGGGUGAGUAUGACUACACCACAGUGGACGGAAGUCAACCUGAAACUCCCACUGAUACUGCCGAGCAGGGACAGAGCUACGAUGGUGAAAUAGUGGAUGAUUACAUCACCGGUGUGGAACAGGUUGGGGUGGACCCCACGGCAGCUGUGGAAGCUGCCGCCGCAGUGGACGCCAAGGAGACGGUGGAGCCUGCCACCGACGUGUAUGAGUUUAAGGAGUAUGACCUGAAGGAGUACGACAACAAGCAGUUUGUAGAGAAGCCGUAUGACUAUGGUGACUAUGGCGAUUACGGCCCCACCGAAGCCAAGCCCACGUCCCCAGCGUAUGAGGAAGAGUUUGGUCCCGGUGUUCCAGCGGAGACGGACAUCAGGGAGAGCAGUAUGGGUGGCGGUCAGAGUUACCUCGGGGAAAAAGGAGAGAAGGGCGAACCUGCUGUCAUUGAGCCAGGGAUGCUUAUAGAAGGACCCCAAGGAGCCCCCGGCCAAGAAGGUAUUCCCGGUACCCCAGGAUUGCAGGGUCCCCCAGGUACCCCAGGAGAUCACGGCGAGAGGGGCCCUCCGGGGCGCCCCGGCAUCCCUGGUUCAGACGGUGUCCCUGGGCCUCCAGGUACCAUUCUGAUGCUUCCAUUCCGCGCGGGUGGCGAGUCACACAAAGGGCCGGUGGUUUCAGCCCAGGAGGCUCAGGCUCAGGCCAUCCUAUCCCAGGCUCGGUUGACUAUGAGAGGUUCUCCAGGGCCAGCGGGCAUGACGGGGCGUUCUGGUCCUGUGGGAGGUCCCGGUUCUCCUGGACUUAAAGGCGACAGUGGCGACUCCGGACCACAGGGACCCAGAGGCCUUCAAGGUGGAACGGGCCCAUCAGGAAAACCAGGGAAGAGGGGUCGCAAUGGCGUCGAUGGUCCCCGAGGAUUGCCAGGCGAGGCGGGGUCCAAGGGCGACCGAGGUUUCGACGGCCUCCCUGGUCUUCCUGGAGAGAAGGGACACAGAGGGGAACUGGGCUCCACAGGUCCUCCAGGGCCUCCAGGAGAGGACGGCCAAAGAGGGGAAGACGGCCAGGUUGGACAGAGAGGUGUGGCUGGAGAGAGUGGUCCUAGAGGUUUGCUUGGCCCCAGAGGGUCUCCAGGUACUGGAGGACAGCGUGGUCUUCCUGGACUUGAUGGGCAAGCUGGUCCCAAAGGAAACAUGGGUCCACAAGGAGAGCCGGGGCCUCCUGGGCAACAGGGUAUGCCUGGUCCACAUGGUCUCAUCGGUCCUCAAGGUCCAAUCGGGCCUCCUGGUGAAAAAGGACCUAACGGUAAACAAGGGUUGGCUGGACUUGCUGGUGCUGAUGGCCCUCCUGGUCACCCAGGAAAAGAGGGUCCUGGAGGCGAGAAAGGAGGAGCUGGUCUUCCCGGUCCUAUGGGAUCCAUCGGCUACCCUGGGCCCCGUGGUGUGAAAGGAGCUGAGGGCAUCAGAGGCCUUAAAGGUGGCAAAGGAGAAAAGGGAGAAGAUGGAUUCCCCGGCUUCAAAGGAGACAUGGGUCUCAAGGGCGACAAGGGUGAGAAUGGUGUACUGGGACCCAGAGGAGAGGACGGUCCAGAGGGCCCCAAGGGCAAGUCAGGACCCGGCGGAGAAUCUGGCCCCAUGGGAUCAGCUGGAGAGAAGGGAAAACUUGGAGUCCCUGGUUUGCCUGGCUACCCUGGAAGACAAGGCUCCAAGGGCUCCAAUGGCUUCCCUGGAUUCCCUGGGGCGAACGGCGAGAAAGGUGCAAGGGGAAUCGCCGGCAAAUCUGGCCCGAGAGGGCAACGUGGCCCAACGGGUCCACGUGGUGGGCGAGGUGCAAGAGGACCAACAGGAAAACCGGGCGCAAAGGGCACCUCAGGCAAUGAUGGAGCUGGUGGCCCACCAGGAGAGAGGGGACCUCAAGGACCUCAGGGACCCGUUGGUUUCCCUGGACCCAAAGGACCCAAUGGCCCGCCAGGAAAAGAUGGGCUGCCCGGUCAUCCGGGACAGAGGGGAGAGACGGGCUUCCAAGGAAAGACAGGACCUCCAGGACCUGGGGGCGUGGUUGGACCACAGGGACCAACUGGCGAGACGGGACCCAGUGGAGAGCGAGGACACCCAGGCUCUCCUGGCCCACCCGGUGAGCAAGGUCUGCCCGGAGCUGCUGGCAAAGAGGGCGGAAAGGGUGAUCCAGGUCCUCAGGGUCAUGGUGGCAAGUCAGGACCUGCUGGUCUGAGGGGCUUCCAGGGGACGAGAGGUCUUCCAGGGGCCAUGGGUCCAGGUGGCUUGAAGGGAGGAGAAGGGCCCCAGGGUCCCCCCGGCCCCAACGGUUCUCCCGGUGAGAGAGGCGCUGCCGGCCCCGGAGGUCCCAUUGGUCUGACAGGACGCAACGGUCCCCAAGGACCACCCGGCCCAGCCGGAGAGAAGGGAGCUCCUGGAGAGAAAGGUCCCAUGGGCCCUGCCGGCCGCGAUGGCAUUCAAGGUCCCGUUGGUCUUCCUGGUCCCGGCGGCCCUCAGGGUCCCCCUGGAGAGGACGGUGACAAGGGAGAAGUUGGCGGACCCGGACAGAAGGGAAGCAAAGGAGACUCGGGGGAACUUGGGCCACCAGGUCCAAGUGGUCUGCAGGGUGUAGUCGGAGCUCCUGGUCCAGCUGGAAGCGACGGUGAGUCUGGGCCCAGAGGACAGCAGGGCAUGUUUGGCCAGAAAGGAGACGAAGGAGCCAGAGGAUUCCCGGGUCUUCCAGGUCCGAUCGGGCUGCAAGGUUUGCCCGGCCCUCCCGGUGAGAAAGGGGAGAACGGAGACGUCGGCGCAAUGGGUCCACCUGGUCCUCCUGGCCCAAGAGGUCCUCAGGGUUCCAGCGGAGCCAAUGGUGCACAAGGACCUCCCGGUGGUAUUGGUUCGAUGGGAGGUGUUGGUGAGAAGGGAGAAAACGGCGAGGCUGGAAACCCAGGGUCACCCGGAGAGCCUGGUAUCGGGGGCCCCAGAGGAGAGACCGGUGAGAAGGGAGAAUCUGGCCCCCCAGGAGCUGCCGGACCCGCCGGUGCCCGCGGACCCCCCGGAGACGAUGGACCCAAGGGAAACCCUGGUCCUGUCGGGUUCCCGGGAGACCCAGGCCCCCCUGGCGAGCCUGGCGCUGCUGGUCUUGACGGGUUAGGCGGCGACAAAGGAGAUGAUGGAGAGGCCGGUCAACCUGGCCCUUCAGGUCCAUCUGGUGAGGCGGGUGUACCAGGACCUCCCGGCAAAAGGGGACCUAUUGGAAAAGCAGGUCAGGAGGGCCGACAGGGAGAAAAGGGAUCCAAGGGAGAAGCCGGAGCCGAGGGACCUGUCGGGAAAACUGGACCUGUGGGACCUCAGGGUCCUAAUGGAAAGUCCGGUCCUGAGGGUCUGCGUGGAAUCCCUGGCCCUGUUGGUGAACAAGGACUCCCUGGCGCUUCUGGUCAAGACGGCCUUCCCGGACCUCUUGGACCCCCUGGACUACCCGGCAUGAAAGGUGACUCUGGAUACAAGGGAGAAAAGGGUCAUCCGGGUUUGAUCGGUCUGAUCGGCCCCCCCGGUGAGGCUGGAGAGAAGGGAGACAGAGGUCUGCCUGGACCUCAGGGAACUGCAGGAGGCAAGGGUGAUGCCGGCUUCGGUGGUUCCCAGGGUCCUCUCGGCCCCCCCGGCCCCCCUGGUAUUUCUGGCGCUCAAGGACAAAAAGGAUCCAAGGGAUCAACUGGAUCAGCUGGUCAGAAGGGAGACACCGGACUGAUUGGACCGCCUGGAGCCCCUGGUCCGCCCGGUGACUUCAUCCAGCCGCUGCCCAUCCAGCACGCGUCCAGGAGGUCGAGGCGGCAGGCCGACAUGCAGGGAGACGAGGCGCUGGCCGACUACGGUGUCGACGGCGUGGGCAUGGAGGGGAUGGAGGACGUCUUCGGAUCCCUCAACAACCUCAAACAAGACAUCGAGCGCAUGAAGUUCCCACUGGGCACCCAAGACAAUCCUGCCAGGACCUGCAAUGACCUGCGCCUCAGCCAGCCUGACUUCCCAGACGGUGAAUACUGGAUCGAUCCAAACCAGGGCUGCAUAGGAGACUCCAUCAACGUGUUCUGCAACUUCACAGCAGGCGGAGAGACGUGCAUCAGCCCAGAUAAGAAAUCCACCGGAGUUAGAAUAUCCAACUGGCCCAAGGAGUCUCCAGGUUCAUGGUUCAGCGAAUUCAAACGCGGCAAAAUUUUGAGCUACGUCGACGUGGCAGAAAACACCAUCAACACGGUGCAGAUGACCUUCCUGAAGCUGCUCAGCUCCUCUGCGCGACAGAACUUCACCUACAUUUGCCAUCAGUCUGUGGCCUGGUACGACGCCAAGGCUGACAGCUAUGACAAGGCGCUGCGCUUCCUGGGCUCCAACGAUGAGGAGAUGUCCUACGACAACAAUCCCUUCAUCAAGCCGCUGACGGACGGCUGCUCGCUGAAGAACGGCUAUUCAAAGACGGUGAUGGAGAUCAACACUCCCCGCAUCGACCAGUUGCCCAUCAUUGACGUCAUGCUGAAUGACUUUGGGGACUCCAACCAGAGGUUUGGCUUCGAGGUCGGCCCCGUCUGUUUCCUCGGCUAGACACGCCCCCUACUCCCGCUGAAGGACAGGGUCACAACAACACCCACAUGCUGAGAUCCGACAUCCUUUACCUUCUCUCCCCGCGAAGCAAAAAACCUGUGUUUUUCUUUUGUUUGCUGAGAAGAUCCACUCAAGCCCGGAGAAGAAGUGUGCCCUCCCCAAGGCCCUGUCAUGAAAGCGCUGACCAGGGGAAACUACUCCUCGCCCUUGUAGGGCCAGAAUCACAUGACUUUGAGUGACAUCAGGAAAAGGGCAUUUGAUGCCGUGGCGGACGGUGGCGCACUUUCAGCAACAGAGAGAGGAUCCACUCACCCCAAGCCCCAUCCUCCCUCGUCCUUCCCCUCCCACCAAGCCUCCCUCUCUGGAUGCUCCAGGUGCUGCUGUGAAUACAACCACAGAGGUGCUUUUGUGCAGAAUCACAAAACACUCCAGGUGCUACAAGAAGUGCUUUUGAUAAAACUGUAAUUAUUAUUAUUAUUUUGUACAAUAUUGUUCCUUUCCGAAUCCACUCUUCAAAAGAAAACAAAAACUUGCAUGUGCCCCAGCUCUUUUUAAGUUUUUAAAUAAAUAUUUGGUUAACUAUAUUAGAAAAAAAUCUAUAAGUAUAUUUGAUGUUUUGUUAAGAACACACUUGAUGAGAUAUGGUUUGUCUUUUUGAAAACAUUCAAGACAUAAUUUGACAUAAAGCCUCAAUUUGUAAGUAUAAAAUAAUCCUUUUGUAAAUAAUAUAACUUUCACUAUUUGACUUGUAUGAGAACGAAACAAAACUGGAACACGACACUUGACUCAAAAAGUAUUCUGUCUUUUUUUCAUGUCAUACCAGUAGGUAUGUCCAUUAGGAAAUUAAGCCAUAAUAAGAUGAGAUAGUAAUAUAAAUAUUGUAAGAAAGGGCUUAUUCUUCCAGACAGACUUUAUUCACCCAGUUGUUAUACCUCACUUUCUUUUAAAAAUGUGGACAUAUUUGGCUUCUUAUCCUUCAUCCUCAUAUCUUGAUAGCACAAAUCAAGUUUGAACGUUUAUUUGUGGUGGCUAACUAACAAAGAGGAAACAUUUUUGUGUAGUUAAAUUCAUUCAUUUGUGUUCUUCAUUUUACUAAUUCGCAAGACGUUCUCUCGAUUUUCUUUGUAACAACGAACAAAAAUGUUUUCAUGUGCCUUGAAUUGUUCUUUCAAAAAUAUUAAAACUGGAUUCUGAAAGAUGUCGGGUUGAAUGUCUGUAUUGUUGGCUGUCUGAGGCGUAGAAAUGAUUAGUGCUUUUAUUUUUUUGUGAUUCUGCGCUGCCUUAUACAUAUCACCUUCCUUCGCCCUGUUAAUUUAAGAUUAGGGGGGACCGGUGGUUCGGGCUGUUUGGGCUCCUGCGAGUGAUUCUGCUGAGCCCAGGUGCUGUGAUCUCCUCCGCUUUCUUUCUCUGACUCAGACUUGACUUUGAUCACGAUCUGUUUGCAUCUCCGCCUCCUUAGCUCGCAGCUAUGCCAGCAUAGACUUCAGAGCGGCUUUCAAACCUGUGUAAUUACACUAUGUUUACAACCUAUGUACAACUGAAAUAAAUGUUUGGUGCUUUUGCCAAAUGCACAUCGCAA